GGUGGUCUCUCUACUUUGGUGAGCUGUUGCUAAGCAGCUAAUAAUAGUCAUGUUUGCUGAGUAAUUUCUGCCCUCCAAGAGCCAAUCGCGUCGCAGAAACCCAAGCCAUCUGACAGCCCCGGGGGCGGGAGUUCCAGCCUUUUUCUCUUUCGCUCGCUCUCUCCCCCUCCACCCCCUCCCCUCCUCCUCCUCUUUCUCCAAAUGGAGAGAGUUCUUUUUUUUCUUCUUCCAUCUCAUCUAUUGAGUCAAGGAGCUGCUGCGGCCGCUGCCCGCUGCACACACACAGAGCGGAGUCCUCAGGUCCCGGUAGCGAGAGAGGCGCGCGGCGCGGGGGCAGAAUGGUCCAGCGGGUCGGUGAGGAGAACAAGAAAGCAGAGUCCGGGACCGAGCAGCCACCGCGAACCCAGCAGCCCGAGAGCGAGCAGCCGCUUCAGAAGCCGCCACCGCCAACUCCAGCCGCAGCCGCACCAGCAGCAGCAGCAGCAGCGGCAGCCCCGGCCCGGCAUCGCUGAGACCCGCCGGGCACCGUCGCGUCGCCCGCAGCGGGCGCCGAGGGAGCCGGCGCAAGCGGCGGGGGUCUGCGCGCGCCUUCUGCCGUGAAGGGGUCGCGGCGCGGGGCGGGGACGUCUGGGGGGGACUUGGGGACCGCGAGGCGCGCCCUGGAAGUGCCGGCUCUCGCCUUCCCGCGAGCUGGAUGUGGGCAGCGGCGGCCGCAAAGACCUCGGGACUCACGCGCAAUGUGGCAAUGGAAGGCUCAGGGUCUGAGUCCCCGGCAGCGGCCACGGCCGCAGCACCCGCAGCGCCCGCCGUGUGAGCGGCAGCAGCGGGUCUGUCACCCGGAGCCGGAGUCCCCGGCCGCCAGCAGCGUCCUCGCGAGCCGAGCGCCCAGGCGCGCCCGGAGCCCGCGGCGGCGGCGGCAACAUGGCCUCGGCUGGUAACGCCGCCGGGGCCCUGGGCAGGCAGGCCGGCGGCGGGAGGCGCAGACGGACCGGGGGACCGCACCGCGCCGCGCCGGACCGGGACUAUCUGCACCGGCCCAGCUACUGCGACGCCGCCUUCGCUCUGGAGCAGAUUUCCAAGGGGAAGGCUACUGGCCGGAAAGCGCCGCUGUGGCUGAGAGCGAAGUUUCAAAGACUCUUAUUUAAACUGGGUUGUUACAUUCAAAAGAACUGCGGCAAGUUUUUGGUUGUGGGUCUCCUCAUAUUUGGAGCCUUCGCUGUGGGAUUAAAGGCAGCUAAUCUCGAGACCAACGUGGAGGAGCUGUGGGUGGAAGUUGGUGGACGAGUGAGUCGAGAAUUAAAUUAUACCCGCCAGAAGAUAGGAGAAGAGGCUAUGUUUAAUCCUCAACUCAUGAUUCAGACUCCAAAAGAAGAAGGCGCUAAUGUCCUGACCACAGAGGCCCUACUACAACACCUGGACUCAGCACUCCAGGCCAGCCGUGUGCACGUCUACAUGUAUAACAGGCAAUGGAAGUUGGAACAUUUGUGCUACAAAUCAGGGGAACUUAUCACAGAGACAGGCUACAUGGAUCAGAUAAUAGAAUACCUUUACCCUUGCUUAAUCAUUACACCUUUGGACUGCUUCUGGGAAGGGGCAAAGCUACAGUCCGGGACAGCGUACCUCCUAGGUAAGCCUCCUUUACGGUGGACAAACUUUGACCCCUUGGAAUUCCUAGAAGAGUUAAAGAAAAUAAACUACCAAGUGGACAGUUGGGAGGAAAUGCUGAAUAAAGCCGAAGUUGGCCAUGGGUACAUGGACCGGCCUUGCCUCAAUCCAGCCGACCCAGAUUGCCCUGCCACAGCCCCCAACAAAAAUUCAACCAAACCUCUUGAUGUGGCCCUUGUUUUGAACGGUGGAUGUCAAGGUUUAUCCAGGAAGUAUAUGCAUUGGCAGGAGGAGUUGAUUGUGGGUGGCACCGUCAAGAAUGCCACUGGAAAGCUUGUCAGCGCUCAUGCCCUGCAAACCAUGUUCCAGUUAAUGACUCCCAAGCAAAUGUAUGAACACUUCAGGGGCUACGACUAUGUCUCUCACAUCAACUGGAAUGAGGAUAGGGCAGCCGCCAUCCUGGAGGCAUGGCAGAGGACUUACGUGGAGGUGGUUCAUCAAAGUGUUGCCCCAAACUCCACUCAAAAGGUGCUUUCCUUCACCACCACGACCCUGGACGACAUCCUAAAAUCCUUCUCUGAUGUCAGUGUCAUCCGAGUGGCCAGUGGCUACCUACUGAUGCUUGCCUAUGCCUGUUUAACCAUGCUGCGCUGGGACUGCUCCAAGUCCCAGGGUGCCGUGGGGUUGGCUGGUGUCCUGUUGGUUGCACUGUCAGUGGCUGCAGGAUUGGGCCUCUGCUCCUUGAUUGGCAUUUCCUUUAAUGCUGCAACAACUCAGGUUUUGCCAUUUCUUGCCCUUGGUGUUGGUGUGGACGACGUCUUUCUCCUGGCCCAUGCAUUCAGUGAAACGGGACAGAAUAAGAGGAUUCCAUUUGAGGACAGGACUGGGGAGUGCCUCAAGCGCACGGGAGCCAGCGUGGCCCUCACCUCCAUCAGCAAUGUCACUGCCUUCUUCAUGGCUGCGUUAAUCCCUAUUCCUGCACUGCGAGCGUUCUCCCUCCAGGCUGCUGUGGUGGUGGUAUUCAAUUUUGCCAUGGUUCUACUCAUUUUCCCUGCGAUUCUCAGCAUGGAUUUAUACAGACGCGAGGACAGAAGAUUGGAUAUUUUCUGCUGUUUCACAAGCCCCUGUGUCAGCCGGGUGAUUCAGGUUGAACCGCAGGCCUACACAGAGCCUCAUAGUAACACCCGGUACAGCCCCCCACCCCCGUACAGCAGCCACAGCUUCGCCCAUGAAACCCACAUCACCAUGCAGUCCACCGUUCAGCUCCGCACGGAGUAUGACCCUCACACACACGUCUACUACACCACCGCCGAGCCGCGCUCUGAGAUCUCUGUACAGCCCGUCACCGUCACCCAGGACACCCUCAGCUGUCAGAGCCCUGAGAGCACCAGUUCCACCCGGGACCUGCUUUCCCAAUUCUCCGACUCCAGCCUCCACUGCCUCGAGCCCCCCUGCACCAAGUGGACACUUUCUUCGUUUGCAGAGAAGCACUACGCUCCUUUCCUCUUGAGACCCAAAGCCAAGGUUGUGGUGAUCCUUCUUUUCCUGGGCUUGCUGGGCGUCAGCCUUUAUGGGACCACCCGAGUGAGAGACGGGCUGGACCUCACGGACAUUGUCCCCCGGGAAACCAGAGAAUAUGACUUCAUAGCUGCCCAGUUCAAGUACUUCUCUUUCUACAACAUGUAUAUAGUCACCCAGAAAGCAGACUACCCAAAUAUCCAACACCUGCUUUACGACCUUCAUAAGAGUUUCAGCAGCGUGAAGUACGUCAUGCUGGAGGAGAACAAGCAGCUUCCCCAAAUGUGGCUGCAUUACUUUAGAGACUGGCUCCAAGGACUUCAGGAUGCAUUUGACAGUGACUGGGAAACCGGGAGGAUCAUGCCAAACAAUUAUAAAAAUGGAUCUGAUGACGGGGUCCUCGCUUACAAACUCCUGGUGCAGACUGGCAGCCGAGACAAGCCCAUCGACAUUAGUCAGUUGACUAAACAGCGUCUGGUGGACGCAGAUGGCAUCAUUAAUCCGAGCGCUUUCUACAUCUACCUGACCGCUUGGGUCAGCAAUGACCCUGUAGCUUACGCUGCCUCCCAGGCCAACAUCCGGCCUCACAGACCAGAGUGGGUGCACGACAAAGCUGACUACAUGCCAGAGACCAGGCUGAGAAUCCCAGCAGCAGAACCCAUAGAGUACGCUCAGUUCCCUUUCUACCUCAACGGCCUACGGGACACCUCAGACUUUGUGGAAGCCAUAGAAAAAGUGAGAGUCAUCUGUAACAACUACACGAGUCUGGGGCUGUCCAGCUACCCCAAUGGCUACCCCUUCCUGUUCUGGGAGCAGUACAUCAGCCUGCGUCACUGGCUGCUGCUAGCCAUCAGCGUGGUGCUGGCCUGCACAUUUCUAGUGUGCGCCGUCUUCCUCCUGAACCCCUGGACAGCCGGGAUCAUUGUCAUGGUCCUGGCUUUGAUGACCGUUGAGCUCUUCGGCAUGAUGGGCCUCAUUGGGAUCAAGCUGAGUGCUGUGCCGGUGGUCAUCCUGAUUGCGUCUGUUGGCAUUGGAGUAGAAUUCACCGUCCACGUGGCUUUGGCCUUUCUGACAGCCAUUGGGGACAAGAACCACAGGGCUAUGCUCGCCCUGGAGCACAUGUUCGCUCCUGUUCUGGACGGUGCUGUGUCCACUCUGCUGGGUGUACUGAUGCUUGCGGGAUCCGAAUUUGACUUCAUUGUCAGAUACUUCUUUGCUGUCCUGGCCAUCCUCACCGUCUUGGGAGUUCUCAAUGGACUGGUUCUGCUGCCUGUACUCUUAUCCUUCUUCGGACCAUGUCCUGAGGUGUCUCCAGCCAACGGCCUAAACCGGCUGCCCACUCCUUCGCCUGAGCCGCCCCCAAGCGUCGUCCGGUUUGCCGUGCCUCCUGGUCACACAAACAAUGGGUCUGAUUCCUCUGACUCCGAGUACAGCUCUCAGACCACGGUGUCUGGCAUCAGUGAGGAGCUCAGGCACUAUGAAGCACAGCAGGGCACCGGAGGUCCUGCCCACCAAGUGAUUGUGGAAGCCACAGAAAACCCCGUCUUUGCCCGGUCCACUGUGGUGCAUCCUGACUCCAGACAUCAGCCUCCCUUGAACCCUCGGCAACAGCCCCACCUGGACUCUGGCUCCCUGUCCCCUGGACGGCAAGGCCAGCAGCCUCGAAGGGAUCCCCCCAGAGAAGGCUUGCGGCCACCCCCCUACAGACCGCGCAGAGACGCUUUUGAAAUUUCUACUGAAGGGCAUUCUGGCCCUAGCAAUAGGGACCGCUCGGGCCCCCGUGGGGCCCGUUCUCACAACCCUCGGAACCCAACGUCCACUGCCAUGGGCAGCUCUGUGCCCAGCUACUGCCAGCCUAUCACCACUGUGACGGCUUCCGCUUCUGUAACUGUCGCUGUGCACCCCCCACCUGGACCUGGGCGCAACCCCCGAGGGGGACCCUGUCCAGGCUACGAGAGCUACCCUGAGACUGAUCACGGGGUGUUCGAGGAUCCCCAUGUGCCUUUUCAUGUCAGGUGUGAGAGGAGGGACUCGAAGGUGGAGGUUAUAGAACUGCAGGACGUGGAGUGUGAGGAGAGGCCGUGGGGGAGCAGCUCCAACUGAGGGUAAUUAAAAUCUGAAGCAAAGAGGCCAAAGAUUGGAAAGCCCCGCCCCCCCCACCUCUUUCCAGAACUGACUGCUUGAAGACAACUGCUUGGAAUUAUGGGAAAGCAGUUCAUUGUUACUGUAACUGAUUGUAUUAUUUUGUGAAAUAUUUCUAUAAAUAUUUAAGAGGUGUACACAUGUAAUAUACAUGGAAAUGUUGUACAGUCUAUUGCCUGGGGCCUCUCCACUCCUGCCCCAGAGUGGGGAGACCACAGGGGUCCUCUCCCCUGUGUACAUUGGUCUCUGUGCUGCAACCAAGCUUAACCUAGUUUUUAAAAAAGAAAUCUCCCAGCAUAUGUCGCUGCUGCUUAAAUAUUGUAUAAUUUACUUGUAUAAUUCUAUGCAAAUAUUGCUUAUGUAAUAGGAUUGUUUGUAAAGGUUUCUGUUUAAAAUAUUUUAAAUUUGCAUAUCACAACCCUGUGGUAGGAUGAAUUGUUACUGUUAACUUUUGAACACGCUAUGCGUGGUUAUUGUUUAACGAGCAGACAUGAAGAGAACAGGUUAAUCCCAGUGGCUUCUCUAGGGGUAGUUUGUAUGCGGUUCGCAUGGGUGGGUGGGUGUGUGCAUGUGACUUUCCAAUGUACUGUACUGUGAUUUUGUUGUUGUAGUUCUUCUUCUUUGUGUUUUUCUUUGCUUUGUAUGAUCUUAGCUCUGGCCUAGGUGAGCUGAGACGGUCUGGGUCUUUUUCCUGUCUUGAUGCUGGUAGAAGGGUAACCCCAAUCAUCCGUCUUAUUCUCUGGGACUGUUCAGAGAAAGCCAGAUUUGCUUCAUGCCUAUGGCUGCUUCUGAGGUAGCCCUCCAAGCACCUCUCCUUGUGUUUCAAAGACAAGAUGUUCUCACAGACAUAGUGUUGCCUAUUAAGGCCUCUCUAUACUCAGCAAUCAUCCCUGGUGAUGAAAAAUUGGACAACAUUGCCUUGUGGUGAGUCUCAGCUGGGUCAUGAGAUUACCCUCUAGGAACGUGUGGUUGUCCCUUUCUGAUGAUCACACAUGCACAUAGCCUCCCAGAUGCAGGCCAAAAAGCCCUAUUUCAUUGAAGGUCUACAUUCAAGCCUUUAC